AUGGCCAUCAAGUUUUCGUAUUCCUUUGUUGUUGCCGCUCUCAGCACCAUGACGGUCGCUGUCAACGCUCAGACAUUUGCGCCGCUGCAGUUUGCAGGUGUAAAUAUUGCAGGUUUUGACUUCGGGUGUGGUACAGAUGGCACUUGCAUUGUCUCGGACGCUGUUCCCCCUGUCUAUCAACUGUCCGGUGUUGAUGGUUUGGGUCAAAUGCAACACUUUGUUGAGAAUGACGGCUACAAUGUGUUCCGUCUUCCAGUUGGCUGGCAGUAUCUCACAUACAAUCAGUCGACUGGUGUCUUAAAUGAGACUCAGUUUUCCAACUAUAACAUGCUGGUGUCCAACUGCCUGAGCACUGGGGCUCAUUGUGAGAUUGAUAUCCACAAUUAUGCCAGGUACGACGGACAGAUAAUCGGUCAAGGUGGUCCAAGCAACGAAAUAUUUGCUGAGCUCUGGUACAAUAUUGCUUCGUACUGGAAGAACGAGCCGAAAGUCAUUUUUGGGGUUAUGAACGAACCUCAUGAUAUCCCAAAUAUCGUCACUUGGGCAGAGUCUGUUCAGGUAUUUACAGCCAUUCGGGAAGCCGGCGCUAAUAGCCAGAUGAUUCUCCUACCCGGAAACAACUAUACUUCUGCGCAGACAUUCGUUUCUAGCGGUUCUGCUGCGGCCCUUGGCAUGGUGCGGAACCCUGACGGCACAUUCACCAACCUCAUAAUGGACGUCCACAAGUACCUCGACUACGAUAAUUCUGGCACCCACGCUCCAUGCGUGACCAACAACAUCGAGGAUGCAUGGUACCCUCUGACCACCUGGCUCCGUGAAAACGGUCGCCAGGCCCUCAAUACUGAGACUGGUGGUGGGAACGUCGACUCUUGUGUUGGCUACAUGUCGCAGCAGAUUGGCUACCAAGCUGCUCAGUCUGAUGUCAUCCUUGGCUACCUUGGCUGGUCGGCUGGCUCCUUCGCCACAAACUAUGUUUUGUCUCAGGUACCCUACUACAACGGCACCGGGUGGAAUGACACACUCUUGGUCUCGAUGGCCAUGUCUCCCAUGACCAACAUGCUCGUCGCAUCUGUUGUAUAA